GUUAAAAUUUUUCUACGUAUGAUGGCCUUUACUGCCUAUUUCAACCGUAACCUAUAGCUAGUGGAUGGGCACACAAUAGUUGUUAACCAAUUUUCAAAUAAUUUUGUUGAAAUGGCUAUUUCGCAGAAAAAACUAUCGCAAAAUAAAGCUAAAAGGAAGCAACAAAAGGAAGAACAAAAUUUAACUGAAAAACAUGAAGAAGUCGUGGGAACAGUAUUGAGAACAAAGAAACGGAAAAUCAGUGAAGAGGUUAAGCAUGUGUCAGAAGCGAAAGAACAAGAAACGAAUGUUUCGAUAGAGAAGAUAACUAAGAAACAAAAUGCACAAAAAACGGGUGAUAAAGUAAUAACAGUUGCAAAAAAAAGUGCAAAAAAAAAGAAAACCAUGACAGAAGUAAAAUCCAUGGAAUUGAACGAAAAGAAUGACAAAGAAAAAGAUAUUGAAGCAGAAUUAUCAAAAAGUCAUAUAGAGCAGUGUAUUUCAGCAAUGUUUCAUCUAAUUGAGGAACAAGUGCAACUUAAAAAUAAUCUUACUGGAGAGGUUCAUCCAAUAUUCAUGCAAGUGACUUGCAUCAGGAUACCAAAAGUACCUCGCAGACAAAUGAGAAUAUUAUUGCCACAUUCUAUAGUAACAUCGAAUGAUGAAGUGGCCCUAUUUGUUUGCGACUUGGAAAGAGGAAGAAAAAAAGAUUACGAGCCAACAGUAGAACAUUAUAAGAACAUUCUCAUUGAGCAAGGAUGUACUUGCAUAAAUGAAAUAAUACCUAUGAAUCGUGUAAAAACAGAAUUCGAUCAAUUUGAGUUGAAGAAGAAACUAGCUGCCAGUUAUGAUUACUUUCUCGUUGACAGUCGUAUUGCAGGUCACUUGUCUCAUUUAUUGGGUAAAGAAUUCUUCAAAAAACGGAAAUUACCAACCUCUGUCAGAAUGAAUAACAAAGACUUGAAGCAUGAAAUUGAACAUGCUUUAAGAAAAACCAGCAUGCAGAUUCAUUCUAAUGGUGACUCUCAUAUAGUGCAAGUAGGAAACACAUUAAUGCAGGAAAAUGAAAUUUUGGAAAAUAUACUGGCUACUUGUAAAAAUUUGUCUAAGAAUUAUCCUGGUGGUUGGGCAAACAUACGUUCUCUUCGAUUGAAAGGAGCUACCACUAUAGGAUUGCCAUUUUACAUAACUCUGAGGAAUAAAAAUGCAGUAAAACUAACAGUUGUAAAACCUAAGAGACCAAAUGCUUACCGCGAUGUAAAGGGUGAGUUAUCUACUUUUGUAAGGGACACCAAUAUCACAGUCAAGCCAGAUGGUGAAGUUAUUGUUGAACGAACUAUGCAGAGAAGAACCUCAAGCAAAUUGAAGUGAUAUUUUUAUAGGAAUAUUUUACUAUUAUUUGUUUUGUACGUAAUUCGGACAAUUACAAAAAAUUACAAAAAUAA